AUGGUGAUCAGUUUUGGUUACUGUUCUGAAUGUGGUGGAGAAGAUUGUAGUUACGAUCCUAAUGGACCAUUAGUAAAUUGUUCUUUAUUGUCUGACGAUUUCAUCCGGUGUGAUCCUCCUGUAGACUUGAAAGGAAACUAUUCGGCUAAACAAGCUUUGGGCUAUGGAUGCAUAAAGUUUGGUGGAACACGUUAUGAAGAAGUGGAAAUUACAUCAGUAGUCUGCCAUGUACUCACUGGUAUUGAUUGCUUUGGGAAUAGAACUUUUUUUAAGCCGAAUAUUCCUUGCAUUAAGUAUACCGGCCAUUUUUUCCCCUCUACGUUACUUUAUUCCCUUCUGUUAGGCUUUUUUGGUAUUGAUCGCUUUUGUCUAGGCCAUACUGGUACUGCCUUUGGCAAACUGUUGACGAUUGGUGGUUUAGGGAUUUGGUGGAUUGUUGAUAUAAUUCUCCUAAUUACUGGUGAUCUCAUGCCAAGUGAUGGUAGCAAUUGGAAUCCUUACUACUAA